AGCAACCAGCAACCUGUCCUGAGACAUCUACCUUGGGCUUAUCAGAAAACAAACUAGGGGAUCUUGGUAAACUUGGUAAUUCUUUCAUGCUUCGUUUUUUCGGGAAGAAAGGAGUGUGCAUUGCUGGGAUGGACAAAAGACCUAUAAUUCCUUAUAUUACAUGGCAGAAAGGGUGGGUAAACUUAGGGAUAGUGAAGAUGACAACAAAUUAAUCAAGAACUUUUCUCAGAAUUCAGAACCCGUCCUCAGUAAGAAUGUCAGAAAGGGUCGACUGGUUACAAAGCCAAAAUAGGGUAUGCAAAGUUGAUGCCUAUUCACCCGGAGACACCCAGCCCCAGGACUGGAAAAUGUCAGAUGAAUCCUUGUCUAUGUUUAAGGAAGCCUCAACUGACCCUGUCAGAGUGCUCAGCUGGCUCCGCAGAGACCUGGAGAGAAGCACAGCAGGCUUCCAAGAUGUCAGGUUCAAGCCCGGAGAAUCGUUAUUUGGUGGGGAAAUGACCAACUCAGGAGACCCAUGCAAGGGUUUCUUUGUGGACUAUUACAAUACCACCAACAAGGACAGUCCAGGGAGAUUGCAUUUUGAGAUAACUCACAGAGAGAACCCUCUCCAGGGCCCCAGGGUCCAAGUUGGCAGUGGGAGUUCAGUAGAUGAAGUUUCCUUCUAUGCUAACCGCCUCACAAACCUAGUCAUAGCCAUGGCCCGCAAGGAGAUCAAUGAGAGGAUCGAUGGCUCUGAAAACAAAUGUGUCCAUCAGUCAUUGUACGUAGGGGAUGAACCCACACCCAACAAAAGCCUGAGUGCAGUGGCAUCAGAGCUGGUGAAUGAGACUGUCUCUGCAUGUUCCAAGGCUACCACGUCAGAUAAGGUGCCUGGCUCUGGUGACAGAGCCCUGGGAUUUUUACAGAGUCCCCCAAAUUUGAAAUACAAGACCACUUUGAAUAUCAAGAAGAGCAAGGGUCCAGCUGACAAGCCUGCUUCUAAAAAAUCUUUAUUCUAUAAAGAAGUGUUUGAAUCUCGUAAUGCAGGUGACGCCAAAGAGGGUGGAAGGUCCUUUCCUGGAGAAAGAAAGAUGUUCAGAGGGCAAGAAAGGCCUGAUGACUUUACAGCUUCUGUUAGCCAAGGGAUCAUGACCUAUGCCAACAGUGUGGUAUCUGAUAUGAUGGUCUCCAUCAUGAAGACACUGAAGAUCCAAGUGAAGGACACGACCAUUGCCACCAUCCUGCUGAAGAAGGUACUGAUCAAGCAUGCAAAAGACGUGGUCUCAGAUCUCAUUGACUCCUUCAUGAAGAACCUCCACAAUGUCACAGGGACCCUCAUGACUGAUACAGACUUUGUCUCAGCUGUGAAGAGAAGUCUCUUUUGUCAUGGAAGCCAGAAGGCCACAGAUGUCAUGGAUGCCAUGCUGAAUAAGCUAUACACUGUGAUGUUUGCCAAGAAAUCUCCUGAGAGUGUCAGGAAAACCAAGGACAAGUCUGAGAGUUAUUCUCUUUUGUCCAUGAAAGGAAUGGGUAACCCUAAAAACCAAAACAUAAACUUUGCAACAAUGAAAUCAGAAGGUAAAUUGAGGGAAAAAGUGUAUUGUCCUCCAUGCAAACCAGAGAAAACUUGUACUGAAACUUUGGGUGAGCACAUUAUCAAAGAGGGACUGAACUUGUGGCAUAAAACUCAGAAUAAAGAAGGAAAAUCUCCAGAUUUCCAGCAUACAGUAUGUGCAGACUCCGACAAGCAAUAUAAUCCUGCACCAGACAUUCCCCCAGGAUAUCCUUUCGAUACUUGUAACUUAAGGCCCCCUACACCUCAUGCAGAGAAUCCUGAGAAUUUUAUGUAUGAUUCCUGGGCCAAGGACCUGAUUGUAUCUGCCUUACUUUUGAUUCAGUACCACCUGGCCCAGGGAGGAAACACGGAUGCACAGAACUUCCUUGAAGCUGCAGGCAGCACCAACUUGCCAGCCAACAAGUACCCUGGAGUUCCUGAUGAGACUGGCCUUAAGUCUUCUCAUAUGGGAGUCAACCAAGAAGAAGCAGAAAAGAAGGAUCUAAAGAGCAUUUUCUUCAACUUCAUCCGGAAUUUACUUAGUGAGACCAUUUUCAAGAGUGACUGUAGCUCCGAACACAAGGUGCCAGAACAGCCAGUUAAGGAAAAAGAUGGCCACCUGUAUGAAAGACCUGUAACCCCCACCCCUGACAAACUAAGUGACGGCGAUGAGGCCACUGAUGCCUUUGCUGGGCUGACCAAGAUGGUUACCAACCAGUUAGAAGGCCACAUGAAUGGGGAGAUGGUAGAACAUCUGAUGGACUCAGUGAUGAAGCUGUGUCUCAUUAUUGCCAAGUCCUGUGACUCUCCUCCCUUGGAAGAGCUGGGAGACGAUAAGUCUGGGGAUGUCAGCAGGCCAAUGUCAACCUUCCCAGACAGUUUAUAUGAGUGUUUACCAGUCAAGGGUACAGGGACGGCAGAGGCUGUUUUGCAGAAUGCCUAUCAAGCUGUCUACGAUGAAUUGAGAGGUGUAUCAGGACAGUCCCCUGAAGGGUGUGCAUCAUCCAAAGUGAUUGUCUUCAAUCACAACCUAAAUGAUACGGUUCAGAACAAGCAUCUCCAGGCCAUACUUCAAUGGAUAGCUGCCUCUGAGCUCAAUAUCCCUAUUUUGUACUUUGCUGGUGAUGAUGAAGGAAUCCAGGAGAAGCUACUCCAGCUCUCAGCUGUCGCCGUGGAAAAAGGACACAACGUAGGCAAGGUUCUACAGGCAGUGCUGCGCUAUGAGAAGGAGCGACAGCUGGAUGCGGCAGUGGGAAAUGUUACACGGCUGCAGCUGCUGGACUGGCUGAUGGUGAACCUGUGAUGGUGCCCCCCACUGCUUUCCCCCUGUUCCAGCAGUGAGCCCAGACCUCGUGCCCCUCCCUUUUUUCUCACAUCCACAGCUCCCCUCUCCAUAUCCUCACAGAGCCCUAACAUUAUCUUCAUCCCACUCACAUCAAAAUCAUGUCAUCUUGUGCUAGUCCCUGGAUUUUGCAG